UGUAUCCAAACACGGUGUAACGCUCAUCAAGUAAAUUGAAUGAUCGAGAAGCACCUAGGAAUUUGACAAAUGCAGUAGAUGUCUCUCUUCCUGAGAUACCAUGACCGCCAGAUUUUGAAAGUUUCUUACUGAGCUGAGGAAGUUGGCCUGUACAUGUGACACCUAUUAAGCUAAUAAGUCCAGAAAGAGUAGUAUUAUUUACUUGUCAGCAUGGCUUUUACAUCGGACAUGGUUUCAGCCUUAGCUGAAAUAUUGAAACCUCCUGAGAAUGCCGAUUCAGACAGUGAUUUGGAUGAUGAAGCACCUAAGACAGAGUUUGCUAAGAUGGGUCCAGGAGAAAUUGGUCCUAAAAAGAAAGAUGACAGUAGCAGUGAGUCAAACCAGGUAGAUGCUAAGAAGAACACUAAGGAUAUCUGGACAGAAGAAGAUGUUGGGGAAGGUGCGGAAUAUGAAUCACUCUACGACCCUCGGCCACAACCAGAGUAUGAAAUCCUCUACAAGCAGGCAGUGACAUCCGAGGACAUGUUCUUACAGAUGGGUAAUAAAAACCCAGCUACAGCUAGCUGUGAGGAUAUGGUGGUGAAGAUUAAGUUACCAGACACUAAGAUAUCUGACAUGACGUUAGAUGUAAAGUCAAAGUUUCUGGACUGUAGAACACCAAAACUGAAGUUAGGACUCCAUCUGCCCCACCCAGUGGACCACGAGUCAGGCAAAGCCAAGUGGGAUGGAGAUAAGGGUGAACUGUCUGUCACACUCAGGAUGAAGAGGGAACUGGACUUUAUGAACUUUUAAUCCCUGUCUUGGAGAUACUGUACAAAAAACUAGCAGUAAACCAGUACACAGGCAAAGGAUGGGGAUGUAGAUUUAAUUCAUGGGAUAGAUAAUUUUGUAAUGUGGAUCUAUAUUUCAAAACUAUUUCAUAUUACAACAGAACAGUGUAAUAACAGAAAUAGUUUCUUUCCAUCCCAGACUUAGGUUACUCAUUCUACAGUAAGGAUGCUGUCCCUUUGAUCGAUUGGUUUACUGGUGAUAAAAUGAUAUCGAUAUUACUAUCAGGAGCUUACCUCUUAAAGUUUUCUUCAAAUUCAUUCCUUUAAUAUCAGAUUAGCAUAUCUGAUGAAACAAAAGACAGAGAUACUUUACAUGUAGAUGUACUUUAUCACUUAGAACACUUAAAAAUCGUCUUUUAUAUUUCAUUCACAAACUCACAAAAUUAUGAAUUUCCGUCCAUGUAUGAUAUGAUGUAUCCUGGAGUGUUGAUUUCUGAGGAAACUGUUGAAUACUGAGCUUAUCGUUAUAGAAUUUUUGUACUGGAAAAAUUGCUGAUAAUUCUUUUUUAAUUUCAUUAGAAAAUUUUCUUCAUA